UUAUUGUUAAGUUUAGUAAAAUAAAAGAAAGUGUUACAAUGUUUUGGCACAUAUUUUUACUCGUUUCCGGUGUGAAGCUGCUCUUUAUCCCUGCUUAUCGCUCCACAGACUUCGAAGUGCAUCGAAACUGGCUAGCCAUCACCCACAGCUUACCCCUCUCGCGGUGGUAUUACGAAAAAACGAGCGAAUGGACACUCGACUAUCCGCCAUUCUUCGCAUACUUUGAAUGGCUACUCUCACUGGUGGCCAAAUCGUUCGAUCCCCGUAUGCUGGACGUGAAGAAUCUCAAUUACGCCUCCGAGCAAACGAUUGUCUUUCAACGAUUCUCCGUCAUCGUAACCGACGUUAUUUUCGCACUGGGUGUCCGCCGAUGCCUUCGAGCCUUGACGGCCGGAAGCUCGAGUACGUCAUCCCGCUCGAUCCUUAUCGGUGGUGCGCUCCUGCUCGGCAAUGCCGGUCUACUCAUGGUCGAUCACAUCCACUUCCAGUACAAUGGAUUCCUGUUUGGCGUUCUGCUCCUUAGCAUCGGUGCACUGAUGGAAAAUCGUUCCCUACAGGCGGCACUGUUGUUUGCCGCACUGCUAAACUUAAAACACAUCUUUAUGUACGUCGCCCCCGUUUAUAUAGUUUAUUUGCUACGAUUUUAUUGCUUGCGCGAUUUCACCAUCGGACAAGCGCUCGGAAGGUUAAUCAAGCUCGGCACCAUCGUGCUGGGCGUCUGUUUGCUCUCGUUUGGUCCAUUCUACGAACACAUUCCACAGGUAUUUUCGCGACUGUUUCCCUUCAAGCGUGGCCUCACGCAUGCUUACUGGGCACCUAAUUUUUGGGCAUUAUACAAUACAGCCGAUAAAGUGCUAGCCGUAUCGCUGGGUAAGGUGGCCCAAGGUUCGAGCACCGGUGGAUUGGUGCAAACCUUCGAACAUACCGUUCUGCCAUCCAUAACUCCGGCAGUAACAUUCGCUCUGACGGGAGUAUUUAUGGUUCCGACUCUGCUGAAACUAUGGACAUUAAAAUCAACCACCACGAGCGUCGCACUAGGGCGUAUCUUUGUGCGAGCAAUCGUCCUGUGCGGUUGCACUUCCUUCCUUUUCGGUUGGCAUGUACACGAGAAAGCCAUCCUGAUGGUGCUGAUUCCGUUGACGCUGCUUGCCAUCGGCAAUCACAAUGAUGCCCGUUGGACCAUUUUUCUCGGGAUCGUAGCACAUUAUUCACUGUUCCCGCUGUUGUUUAAACCCGAGCUAACACUGGUUAAAAUUAGUUUGCAUGUAGUGUACACUGGGCUAAGUGUAGUACUGCUGAAGUUAAUCCAUCGAGGAACAUUCUUUCAUACGAUCGAGUUUCUUUAUUUGGCCGGAUUUCCUGUUCUUUGUGUGUAUGAAAACUUGGUCCAUGACGUAAUAGGGUUACGGGAACGGUUGCCCUUUUUGCCGCUACUACUUACGAGCGUUUACUGUGCCGUUGGGGUGGUGUACUUUUGGGUUUCCUACCAAAUGUCCUUCCUGCACACAAAUGGAGGUGAAACAGUGAUCACAGAGAAGAAAAAGACUAAAUAA